CGCUGCCGCGCCGGGCUGAGCCUGCGGGGGACCCUGCGGAUCACCUGCGGGGGGCUCGCUUCCUGGCCACGCCCCAGGGGAUCGGACCGGAGCCGCUCCUGGGCUUGGGCUGCCGGGAAUCAUGGCAGCCUCCCCUCCCUGAGCGCCCGCCGCCGCCUGCAUUUCUCCCUUCUGCCCAGGAGCCAGGCUUUCCCCUCGGUUUGCACGGCGCGGAUCCAGGGCCCCGCCGGCGCCCCUGCCCGGGCCUUGGCCGCAUGAGAAGCCCGCCCAGUGCCUCGCGCCCCUGCCCUGCGCCCCUGCCCUGCGCCGCUGGCCGCCCGGGCUGAAGCCGGGCCUCGGAGAGCCGGGGAGGAGCGGCCCGCAGCCAUGCAGAAGAAAGAGCUCGACUGUCUGAGCCCCGAAGCGCAGAAACUGGCCGAAGCCCGACUCGCAGCCAAGAGAGCAGCCCGAGCCGAGGCUCGCGAGAUCCGCAUGAAGGAGCUGGAGAGGCAGCAGAAGGAGAUCUAUCAGGUCCAAAAGAAAUAUUAUGGGCUGGAUGCAAAGUGGGGUGACAUCGAGCAGUGGAUGGAAGACAGCGAGCGAUACUCUCAUAGAUUCCGAAGAAAUCCAUCGGCUUCUGAUGAAGAUGAGCGCAUGUCAGUGGGUAGUCGCGGAAGCCUGAGGUCCCAGGCCGAGCUGGACUAUGCCGGUGCCUGCUCUGUGAGUUCCAGGCCCAGCCACGAAAGCAAGCUGUCCACCAGGCGGUCGUCCCGGGAGGACAAGUGGGGCUCCUACUACUCGGACCUCGGGCUUUCCUGCGGCGGCAGCCUUCCCUCCCGGCCGGUGUCGGCCUCCCAGAAUGGAGCUCGGGCCUCCGUGGCGUGUGACGAGAGCGUGUACGGCGGGAGCCGGAGAUUCAGCGCCCCCAACGCGCACCCUCCCUCCGAGUACAGCGGCUGCCUGGGCUCCGGAUCUCGGGCUUCCUCCAGGGCCGGCUCCGCUCGGGCAAGUCCAGUGGUCGAAGAGAGGCCAGAAAAGGACUUUACAGAGAAGGGAUCUCGCAACAUGCCCAGCUUAUCCGCAGCCACGCUGGCCUCUCUGGGCGGAACGUCCUCGCGGAGGGGCAGCGGGGACACCUCCAUCUCCGUGGACACCGAGGCCUCCAUCAGGGAAAUCAAGGAGAUCAAUGAGUUGAAGGACCAGAUUCAGGAUGUAGAAGGCAAAUACAUGCAGGGCCUGAGAGAAAUGAAGGACUCGCUGGCAGAAGUCGAGGAGAAGUACAAGAAGGCCAUGGUGUCCAACGCCCAGCUGGACAACGAAAAGACCAACUUCAUGUACCAGGUCGACACCCUGAAGGACGCCUUGUUAGAGCUGGAGGAACAGCUGGCCGAAUCCCGAAGACAGUACGAGGAGAAAAACAAGGAAUUCGAAAGACAGAAACAUGCCCACAGCGUGCUGCAGUUUCAGUUUGCCGAAGCCAAAGAGGCCUUAAAGCAGCGGGACGAGAUGCUGGCGGAGAUCCAGCAGCUCCGGCAGAAGCAGGAGGCUUAUGUGAGGGAGGUUUCUGAUCUCCAGGAGACGAUAGAAUGGAAAGACAAAAAGAUAGGGGCAUUAGAGAGGCAGAAAGAGUACUUUGAUUCCGUACGGAGUGAGCGAGAUGACCUUCGGGCCGAAGCGAUCCUGCUCAAGGAGGAGCUGAAGAAACAUGGAAUAAUCCUGAAUUCUGAAGUAACCACCAAUGGAGAGCCUCUAGAUAAUAGAAGUAACAUGAGCCACCUGGGCUCUCCCAAAGUAUCCCAAGAGGAGACAAAUGCCCUGAAGUCAUCCAACGAUGGGACGCUAGGAAGAGUCAAGGAAGUGAAGGUGGCAAGUGAGAAUGUGGACAAAGUGGGGGAAAGCGCGGUCUGGCAGAAUCCCGAGCGUGAGCAGCCCCAGGCCUUGCCUCCCGAUGGGAAUGCCCAGGCAGAAGCCUCCCCGCCCCCGCAAGACCAUGCCACGGUGCCAGAAGCCUUAGCCACGGACCCGGGGCAGGAGCCGCCUCCCACCCACGUGCCAGAGACUCGGGCGGUCCCUGGAAAUAGCAACAAGCAGGUUGGAGACCAAGCAAGGGCUGAGCCUCCCCGUUUCCUGGAGGCUAGUGUAGAAGCCAAUCAUCACCCUGAUGGCUUAAAGAGUCAUGAUGUGGCUCAGGAUCAGGAGAGUGCAGGGAGCCCUCCGUAUCCAGGCGAGGUGCUCAGCCAGGAUGGACGCAGCUCCGCAGAGGCUCAAAACAGAAAGAAAGAGGGAAAACCAGAGGAAGAGAGUAGCAGGAAAUCAGAUCAGGAAAGCGAUCCCGCGGGCAGCCCAAGUCCUGAAAGAACAGGCGCAGCACUGGAGGGACCGAAUGAAAGUCUUCCAGAAAGCUUGCUUGAAGGGGAAGAGGCCGAAGGCAAGAAGCACUUAGACACAAAGGCAGGCAGAGAAGGGUCCAAAGAUGGAGCGGUUAUUUCAGAUAAAAAAUGUACAAAUCUCACCCAAGGGGACCAGAAUAAGGAGGAAGAAACACUGGGGAUCAGUGAAGGAGAGAAGAAAGAGGAGGAGCUAAUGCAGACAAUGCCGUCGUCUCCCAAACUCGAGAGCGGUCAGCCUGAAAAAACGGCCAGGACAGGCCCGACGGGGGCCGGCGAAUGCUCCCGUCCCAGCGUGCCUGCUGCUGCAGGAAGAGAUGACCAGAAAGGGGAGCUGUGCGAAACCUCAUCCAGAAAGUCCAAGAACAAGAAGAGGAAAAACAAGAAGAGAAAAUCUCCCCCCGUAGACUCUCCCGAAGACGUUAAGAAGGAGUUGGUCUUCCAAAACACCGAGGAGGACGAGGAGGAGGAAGUCCGGGAUCCGGCCCAAGACGCCCUCGCUAAGGCGGCCCACGACGGAAAGCAGGAAGCGAGGACCGAGCUCGACGAGUACGUGGAUUGUCCGGAGGAAGCCAACGCCGACUCGGACGACAAACCAAACCUGGAGGUUGAUAAAGCCAAGAAGCCCCAAGAAGCACCCGAGCUUGGGAGAGACACGGCCCAUCCUUGGGGAGCCGAUGGCGAGGGACGGUCCAGUCCCUCGGGGGCCCCCAGGGCAGAAAGCCCAGAAGAGGAGUCGGCCGAGCACAGCCAGACAUCCAGGCUGGAGAAGGAAGCCUCGGCGGGCGGCGGGCCAGAAAACAAAGCCGACAUGUUGGUCCCCGAGGAGAGUUCUCACCCCGAGACGACGGAGGAAAACUGCGAGCGGUCAGACGAGCAGACAGAGACGGCCGAGGAAGCCGUAGAAAGCCGAGACAGCGACGAGCCCGAAGACCCAGCGGGCAGCGGCGGGGCGGAGAGCAAGGACGACGUCCGAGGCAGGGCCAGCCGGGGGAAAGAUAAGAAUAAAGAAGAGUGUGCCAUGUCCUGAGGCGAGGCAGGAGGCUCCCAGCAGCCGGAGGCCUUCUGAGGAGAGAAAUGCACUUUUCAGAACGAGUCAUAGUAUAGGAAAAGUGGAGGGGUUCCUGCUGGUGACAGCCCUUCCCUCGAGGUGGUACCGAGUCCUUCCUUCAUUCCUCCUCACAGUCCCCACCAGGAUCUCUGCAGACAUUCACGCUCUCUGGGGCUCCAUCCAUCGUGUAUGUGUCACCCAGACUUCUAAGGGGGGGCCGUGGCUUUGGGACUGCGCUCGGGGCGAGAGAAUGACCACAGAAGCCAGUCCUUCGGCGUCCUUCAUUUCUGCCGUGAGCCUGGGGACCCCCCGAGGCCGGGCCUGGCUUCUGCCUCUAAUGAACUGACUCUGCCCCGGUCUGUGCCCGUUCCAGCGCCGUCCGUCGUUCCUGGCACGAUCUAAGGCUGGACGCCGCCCAGUGAUGGUCAGUCACCACGUGCUGGCGUUCGUGCCUACAGAACGGGAACGUCCCUCUCGAUCCCGGAGCUGCCUUGAAGGCCUGGACGGCGUGGAGGUCAGCCUGUCCUUGAGCCCCCCCAGAUCAAGCCUGCGGCCAUAUUGCCAGCCAUUCCUCGACACAUUUCCUCCUCCGUGCACGUUACCCAUAUGAUAUGUUUUAUAUACGAAGAUACUUAAAUGAGUUUUUUCCCUUAAAAAUGUGUUUAAAUUCCUUUCCUAUUACUUCUAAUACGUGAAUCAGAGCUUCCUCGGACGCUUGAUCCCUCAUCCUUUGGCUAAUCGUCCCCCAUUAUCUAAGCUUUAUGACCAGGGCUCUGCCGUGCCCGGGCAGCGCCCCGCCUGCUCGCCGUUGGCCCCUGUGUUUGCUGCACAAUGGAGUCUUUUACACGUUUCUGAAUAUUAAAAUCGGUGUAUUCCUGGCGACUGUCAUUGCCACUUCCUGGUUUUUAUAGCUGUUACAGAAUCAUGGAGCAGCACCAAAGCUCCCCAGGCUGUCGAGGUGUCUGUCGUAACUGUUGUAUAGAACCGAAAUAAAGCAUUUUAUCCUUUUAAA